CUUUCCCUGCCACAGUCAUCAGCCGCCGUAGGGAGCAGGAGUGAGGGAGCGCGAUGGCGGAGAAGAAGCAGCGCCCAGGAGGGUCCAGGAAGGACGAGGUGGUUACCCGCGAGUACACCAUCAACCUACACAAGCGCCUCCACGGAUGCACCUUCAAGAAGAAAGCCCCCAAUGCUAUAAAGGAAAUCAGGAAGUUUGCACAGAAGGCAAUGGGCACCACUGACAUCAGGAUUGAUGUGAAACUCAACAAGCACAUCUGGAGCAGUGGUAUCCGGAGUGUGCCGAGGCGUGUCCGUGUCAGGAUCGCACGCAAGAGGAACGAUGAGGAAGACGCCAAGGAAGAGCUUUACUCUCUUGUUACCGUUGCUGAGAUCCCCCCAGAAGGCCUGAAGGGUCUGGGUACCAAGGUUGUGGAGGACGACGAGUAGAUCUGCCUGGGUACUGAUCUGUGUCAACUGUCAAAUCAUUUUUUUUGGUGUUUUUGAGUUUGUUAGCACUAAGUCGAUAGCCUUGUGAGAAAUCUUUGAGUUUUCUGAUGG